GGCCGCGGCGCCCGGGCCCCAGGCGCCAGCCCGCUGCCCGCGCCUAUAUAGGGGCCGCGCGGCCGGGGCGCCACCGGGAUCCCAGCCCCACGCUCGCCCGCGCCAGCAUGGCCCCCAGCACCGUGGCCGUGGAGCUGCUCAGCCCCAAGGAGAAGAACCGACUGCGCAAGCCCGUGGUGGAGAAGAUGCGCCGCGACCGCAUCAACAGCAGCAUCGAGCAGCUGAAGCUGCUGCUGGAGCAGGAGUUCGCGCGGCACCAGCCCAACUCCAAGCUGGAGAAGGCGGACAUCCUGGAGAUGGCCGUGAGCUACCUGAAGCACAGCAAGGCCUUUGCCACGGCCGCCGGUCCCAAGAGCCUGCACCGAGACUACAGUGAGGGCUACUCGUGGUGCCUGCAGGAAGCUGUGCACUUCCUGACGCUGCACGCCGCCAGCGACACGCACAUGAAGCUGCUCUGCCACUUCCAGCGGCCCCCCGCCGCACCCGCCGUGCCCGCCAAAGAGCCCCCCGCGGCCGGCGCUGCACCCCCGCCCCCCCGCCCCUCCUCCAAGGCCUCCCCCGCCGCUCGCCCUUCCGCCUGUGGCCUCUGGCGGCCCUGGUGACCUCCCACCUGCCGUCGGUCGGCGGCGCCCUUCUCUGGAAGCCCCGCCCCAGGCUGGCGGGCCGGCCACUCUCCGAGAAGGCACCGCCUGCAGAGCCGUGUCGUUUGAGGACAAUCAGGGCCAUCUCCUGCCCAGCUUCUGACCCCGUGGGGUUGUUCUGUGUUUGCAUUUCAGCAAGUGACUUCUGGGAAGUCCCCGGCCGCGGGGGUUCUAUGAUAUUUGUAGGGCCAGGGGCUCGGCCUGCCGGCGUCCCAGCCUGUAGAGGACUUUCUUCAGGGCCCGUCGCUGCUGGGCACGGACCCGCAGGCGGGCGUGCCGUGGGCACAUUGCCUUUUGUGAAGGCGGAACUCCAGGUGUAUCCUCAUAGGAAGGUAUUCAGCCUGCGUGUGCUCGGCCCAGAGUUCUUCGUGUUCCUCAUGGGCGGAUGGGUGGGCUCACUCUGGGCUGGCGGGAGGGUGGGGUCCGCACUACAAUCCUUACAGGAUUCCUUGGUGUGGGUGGGCGCAUGUGGGCACACUUUGUACUUAGAAUUUGAGCGCUCGGUCCCGUGGAUGCCCACGGACUGCUACGAAGGCUUCUAAUAAAAUCUGUCAACCCCUCC